AUGGCCGACUCGAAGGUGAUAGAGAAAUUGGAAGAGUACACGGUAGCUCUGGCGGCCAUGACCUUUGUUGGCGAUUUCACCGCAUUGCUUCAACUGGGAAUACAACUCGUGAUGUGCACCUUGGGAUUAUCGGCAUUCCUCGUAACUCCCAUUGAGCGCAGGAAAGGUCGUCUCCCCUACGUCGUCCUCAGCUUCAUCAUCUUCGCUCUAUCAGCUACCUCUCCCUUCCUCCACGCCCCAUCGACAUUUAGUUCACUGUACCACUCGCAUCCAGGAGCGUCUUAUGCGAGAUCGCUGGUCCAAGAAGGAAACCAAACAUUUACCUUCGCUUCUCAAAGUCUGGUGAACCUAUACAUCGCCGUAGGAGAUGGGAUUCUGCUCUACCGAUGUUAUAUACUAUGGAAGGACAGACCUGCAGUCAUGAUCGUUCCAAUACUAGCCCAUCUCGGAUUCAUAGGGCUCACCAUAACCGCUUUCACUCGCCACCUGCAAGGGGUCACCCUCAGCUCCAAGCGCGAGCUUAUCCUAUCACAGCAAACAGCCAUAACCAGCAUCGCCCUCUCAACAUCUCUAAACGUCAUUACCACGUCCCUAAUCGCCUACCAAAUCAUAGUCCAGCAGAGGGCACUCUCGAAAGCACUGCCAGGUCGAAAUAUCGGUAUCUACACCAGAGCAGCCAGAGUAGUCGUCGAAUCCGCACUCCCUUUGACGCUUUCCGGAUUAGGCUUUGUUAUUGUAAGGACCAUGGACUGGUUCAGCGGGCCAACAAGCGGCGAACUUCCAGAUCUUAACGUGCACGCAUUACUGGCCAGCUAUAUUUUUGGAGGGUUGUACACCAGUUUUGGGGCCCUUGCACCUCAGAUGAUCAUCUUCCGAGUGACAGUCGCUCGUUCGCACCUUCAACAGGAAGACCUCGACUCGUCGAUCAAUCCUGACAGUGAGCCUUUGGGUGACCUCGAAUUCGACCAUGGCCCAGGGGAAGAUUCAGAGUCUCUCGGCCAGGAUUCUCAUUCCACCGAUCUUGAAGGAUUCGUUCCAGCCCAAGGUUUAGACGGAGAGGUCCAACGAGAUGCGGACUCGGGAGACGGGGUGUCAACAACCCUGCGAAAUCGUGCGAGAGCACUGGAUCCCCCUAGUCGAGUCUCUCAAGAAGAGUCGGCGCCGGACGGUCACUCUGGAUUGGCUAGUAAACCCACCGUCCGAGUCCUCAGUCGACGAACAGCGAGCACAGACCCCCUUCGAACUUCGAAGUAUAUGAAGAAGGACAUUUUGAGUCCCUUAGAUCUAACUGACAACGGAAUCACCCCAGGCCCUCGAACCCCAACUACGUUGCACCCAUACCAACCGAGGUACCAACCGAGCUACACCAAAUCGAGCUACACCAAACCGAACCACGCCAAUCGAGUCUCUUUCGCGAGAGACGAGUACUUGAUUACUGCAUCCAAGUUUUACGACUGUAGUACUGCAGCCUCCCACGGUCCAGCCGAUGUCAGCGACGAAACGACUCUUGCUACUUCAAGUUGA